UGCCGGGCGGGAUUUCCGCAAUAAUAUCAAGUAUGGCGAAAACAUACGACUAUUUGUUUAAAUUACUGUUAAUCGGAGACUCUGGUGUCGGGAAGACCUGCGUCCUGUUCAGGUUUUCGGAAGACGCCUUCAAUUCAACGUUUAUUUCAACUAUAGGCAUUGAUUUCAAGAUUAGGACAAUAGAGCUUGACGGCAAGAAGAUAAAGUUACAAAUAUGGGAUACAGCUGGUCAGGAACGCUUCCGAACAAUCACAACAGCCUACUACAGAGGUGCAAUGGGCAUCAUGCUCGUCUACGACAUCACAAACGAAAAAUCCUUUGAAAAUAUCAAGAACUGGAUAAGGAAUAUAGAAGAGCAUGCAUCAGCGGACGUUGAGAAGAUGGUCCUUGGCAACAAAUGUGACAUCAAUGACAAACGGCAGGUGUCCAAAGAGAUGGGGGAAAAGCUUGCACUAGAGUAUGGAAUAAAGUUCAUGGAGACCAGCGCAAAGUCCAACAUCAACGUGGAAAAUGCAUUUUUGACGCUCGCCAGAGACAUCAAAUCAAAAAUGGACACAAAAUUGGAGGGCAACACACCGCAAGGAAGCAGUCAGGGCGUAAAGAUCUCAGAACCUCAGAAAAAGACCAGCUUCUUCCGCUGUAGCCUACUCUGAGGACUGAGGCCUUUCAUACUGACUGGACAUAAAUAGACUGUUCUUGCUCUUAGCACUUCCUCCCCCUUUCUCUCCAGCUAUGGUCAGUCCUAAAAGCCCACGUAAGCCAUUAUAUUGUCAGUAAAUGGAGGACUUCCCCUCCUUGCUUCCUCUUCUGAAAGCUUCCAGAGUUUCAUCUUUUCCAUUUUAAGGAUAAAUGUUGACUUCAUGGGUCACGGUGCUCUGCUGGUUGGAGGACUCAGCCAGGAGCAUUAUCCAAAUGUUCCAUUUAACACAAAGGAUGGGCUCUUACUCCAGAUGUUAGUCUCUUCAUUAUCCUCACUCACUCAUUCACGCAACCGGUAGCAGAACCAGGGAUGAGAAGUCAUUAAUAGUUUGUGGACUGGAUUACAAAUGUGAUAUAUUUAGAUCUAUUUUUAAUAGCACUCUUUCCCUUUUUUAUGUGACAAAUUUCAACCAGAGGCCGAUGAGCUUGAAUUGCUGUGAAACAGAGCUGUACAGGUUUCCUUUUCACUGUCAGUCAAGGAUCAGACAGAAUGAGCUAAGAGCACUGCUCUUGUUGUCCUUGACAAUCAUUUUUUUGUGACUGAAAAUGAUGACUCCACCAUUGGUGCAUUCUCCUCCUUUCAGUGAGUGAUGAAGAGGAAUAUAUUAUCUUAAACUACAGUUUAGGUUUUUGUCAUUCUAAUGAUGAAAAUGCAAAUACUCUGUUUAGGAACAUUUCUCGAUGUAGCAAAUGACCAGUCUUAAAUUUGUAAUAAUAGGAUUACUGUGACAGUGAGUCCUUAAUUUAUAGUUUGAAAUCACAGCCUGUUUGAAGCCACUAAAGAUGUCCUAAAAUAAUCAGUUUAUUGUCACAUGAGGCAGAAAAGCAGCAAUCUCAUUUAUUUGAGAUGCUGCACUUAUUGGUAUUUAUCUGGAAAAAGGACUUUUUAAACGAUUUAUUAUUGAAGUUUGUUUCUCUCCAUUGGUCUGUCGCCUCAGCUCUUAAGUAAAAUAGAUUGAGUGUUUUAAGCUUUCAGAUUGAUGUCUGAAUUUUUUCUGCCAGCUCUUAGUCGCAGUUAAGCUGAAUGACGUCUUUGGUUGUUUGAUGAGCAGUUAAAAUCACUUGAAGUUUCACACUGUAAGCCCCUUCUGCCCCUUCCCUGCUGUCAUGCAGCUCUCCUUGCACUUUACCAGUAAAUUGUGGUUUGUGUGUAGUCUGUGCCAAGUGAUAGUUUUGCAAUACAGUACAGCUAUAAAUUUCUUUUGCUCCUUUUGAGUCUUGGUAAUAUAAAGGACAUAUAUUACCAACAUUUUACAACACCCAAAGGACUUGAUCUCCUCUGGUAGUUCACAGCUAGCAGUCCACUGCCCUGUUAUUAGUUCUCUUAAAAAUGUUUCCUUACUCAGACUGUAAGUUAUUUCAGCAUAUAUCUGCGUGUAAAAGAUAAAAGUCUUUCAGCCUCUCUUUUUUAUACUACUGUGCUUGCCAACCCGUAGUUUAAAAGUAAUAUUUUAUGAGUUUACAUAGAGAAGGCUUGAAUUAAGCUAAAGAUGGCCCUGUUUGGGGUAUUCUGCAUUCUUUUACAGGUUUAUUUUCCCCAUUGUGGACAUUAGAUCUGACAGCUAGGUGGUGCCAGAAGCACACAGUGCAUCUUAGGUAACUGCCAAACUUCAAAUAUGAAUCAGUAUUUUAUUAGAGACAGCUAAUUUGGGGAGUGUGAUGCAAUUAUGUACACUCCACCUGUGUUGAGCUUAAAUGUGGAUUCUGAGUCUGUUUCCAUUGUUUCUAUUUUUAUGUCAGUCUUAAAAUCAAGUUCCUACGUGCACAGUAUUGAGGGACAAUAUGUUUCAUGCACCUUUUGUAAUAUCAAAUAAUUUGGGACCUCAUGAAUACCAUGGCCAUUUGUCUUAACCACUAGUAAUCUAUUCUGUCAUAGGUGAGCUAUGCAUUGUGAAUCUCGGACCUGUGCGUGUGUGUAAUGUACUUUUUUUUCAGACAUACCUACAGAGCUGUACAGUUGAAUGUAUGGGCUUUUGUUAUUUUUGUUUUGUGUCAUUCACUGAGCCAAAAAGAGAGGACACGCUCUGUUUAUUUAAAGCUGCAUUGGUGCAUCAGUGCAGGUGAAAUUUAGCACAGCGGGGUACUGUUGAGCGGGAAGAGAGCGGGUGUUGAAAUGUGAAGACAGCACCGUUUUGUUCGAGCUUUAAGUCAUAAACAGAAACAUAGGGAGCAAACUUUUAUGGGACUUGAGCUGUAUAAUUUUUUUCUGAAAUAUGAUACUUCCUCUUUGAUUUUGUUUUUAAGUCAUAUCUUUUGUUUUCUUGAAAUGUUUCCCUUUUUACAGCCAUAUUUUAUUCCAUGUAGUGUGAAGUACACAGGGACAAUAAUAUAAAGAAAUCAACAAAACAUUGUAAAUAUCACUAAAAAAUAGGUCUGCUUAAAUUGUACUGUACUUUCUAAACCCAUAUAAAAUGUAUCUACAAUUUUGUAGAUAUGUGAACUUUUGAUUUAAUAA